AUGGGUGGCGUUGGCAGCUUCAUGCGGCCAAAUCGUACGAUAUAUGUCGGCCGAAUACACGUUACCGACGAUAUUGAGGAGAUAGUGGCUCGUCACUUUGCCGAGUGGGGUCAAGUUGAACGCAUCCGCGUCUUGAACACACGAGGCGUCGCUUUCAUCACAUACACAAACGAGGCAAACGCCGAGUUCGCAAAGGAGGCUAUGGCACACCAGUCUCUCGACCACGACGAAGUUCUCAACGUUCGUUGGGCCACUGUGGACCCUAAUCCUAUGGCGCAAGCCCGGGAAGCUCGCCGCGUUGAAGAGCAGGCCGCUGCCGCGGUCCGUGCGCUUCUUCCCCCGGAAUAUGUUGCGGAGCUAGAGGGUCGGAAUCCGGAGUCUACGUUGUUGUCGUCAACACCGCUGUCGAUCUUGUUUCCACCUCUUGCCGGGCAAAGACGAAACUCAGGCAUUCUUGCUCACCUGCGUGACAACCCGGGCGCACAUCAGAAACGCAUCCGUGUAGGUCGCGGCCCAUCUUCCGGGAAAGGCAAGACGUCGGGGCGCGGCCAGAAGGGUCAGAAGCAGCAUGGCAAGGUAAAGCCUUGGUUCCAGGGUGGCCAGACGCCACUAAUCCGGACAUGGGGACAAAAGGGGUUCAUUAAUCAUCGCGCCGACGUCAUGUCUGAAAUCAACCUCGACCAUCUUCAAACCUUUAUCGAUUCAGGAAGAAUUGAUUCUUCGAAACCAAUCACCCCAAAGGAGCUUAUUCAAUCCGGUAUUGUUGGGCGGGUACGCGAUGGUAUCAAAAUUUUAGCACGAGGGAAGGACCAAUUGCGGACACCAAUCAAUCUGUUGGUUUCUCGGGCCUCAGCCGGGGCCAUUGAAGCCAUUGAAGCCGCUGGUGGCAAAAUCACGACACGCUACUUUACAAAACAGUCUAUCAAAUGGCUUUUACAAGGGAAGUGCACUAUUUCGAGCUCACCGUUACCAAGAGGUUCGGAUCAUGUCGAGGCAGAACUGGAAAAGUUCCGAAUGGCCCCGCGCGUGCGCAGGUUGCCGGAUCCAAUAAGCCGCUGGGAUAUCGAAUAUUAUAGAGACCCGGCCCAUAGGGGAUAUCUAAGCCAGACUCUGCAGCCUGGUGAGUCACCUAGUCUUUACUUCAAGGUUCCUGGUGAACGGCGCAUCGUUCGGGCUGGGAAGAAGGUGGCCGAGCUGAAGAAGGAAGACAGUGCUCUUUUCUGA